UGAUUAAUGAUUAUGUUGUUUACACGUCGUUCCUGUAGACACCUGUUGUUCGUUGUUUUAAUAGUUUAAUUGUUUAUUUUGUUGUAAUUCUUAUCUAAGAGAAUUUUAAUGAAAUUGAAGUUAAUUUAUAAGUUGUACUUUUAAUAAAAGAAUAAUGGAACAACGAGUAGCGGAGAGCAAAUUAUAUAUUCUAUAUAUUUUUAUUGCAGUAUUUAGUGCAUCUUCCAGUAUAACGACCGGAAUAGCAUGGGGCCACUGGAAACAGACCCUGGAUCAAUGUAUUGGGCGGAACUGUAGUUGUAUUUUAUAUGGUUAUCACACUCCUACCCACUUCUUAGGGGGAGAUUUAGCACCUUGCAUCUGGGUCACGUUUGGGCCGUUAUUUUACUUGUUAUUUAUAAUUGGUUUAGCAUGUUUUCAUGGGUAUCGAGUAAUAUUUGCUUCAAAAAAUAAUGUCACAAGAACUAUUCCUAGCAGAAAUGCGGAAGGAGAAAUAGUUGAAAUUCAUGCAAUUCAUAAAGAUGAUACCAGCCCACUGCCAAGAACAUUUUGGAUUAUUACUUCUGCUUUUACUGCCAUAUUGACUUUGUACACUUUAAUUCAUUUUGCCAUUUUUCUUGAUGGGUAUUUGUCAACGUGCAAGCAAUAUCGACUGAUGGUAGAGAAAAUUGUUGGAUUUGGUGGAACAAUCUUGCCAGUGAUUCAUGGACGACUUUCCUGUAAUGCAAUUUUUGAUUUCAUGGAUUACAUACAACCCGACUCUGUAACUUCAUACAGACAAGGUUACAUUGAUACAGGUUUAGAUUUAACUUUGGGACUGAUAGCAUCAUGCAGUACAUGGGUAUUGUUUCUAAUUAGUUCUCUUAUUAAUAUAGGACUUGCCAGACAACAAGAGUAACUUAAAACUUGUACAGUAGCAACUUCUGAAGAGUACAAAUUUUCACAUUUGUCUAUUUAUAAAUGGCCAUACAGCUGGUAAUGCCUUUUGUUGUAACUGUAGGUACAAAUCACCCAUACUAGGCCCUUUACCAUGCUGUAGUUACUUAUUUUGUGGAAUAACAUUUUUAUUUAAUAAUUAUUUAAAUUUAAUGUAAGCUUAUUAAUUGAUAGAACAAAACCGUUACCUUCUCUUUUACAUAUGAAAGAGAACAUUUUUACUAAUUAAGGUUGUGAAGAGUAAUGCCUUUAAAGUAUACAGGUUGUUUUUAUUAUUUCUAAUAAAUUUAAGAACAGUACAGUGAUUAAAAAAAAAUAAAAACCACACCAAUACCAAUUUAAGAUCUAAAGAAGUAGAAAAAAGACACAUAGAAGUAAUAUGAUUAAAUGUAAACACCCUGUAUACAAAAUAUGCACCUACAAAGAUGACCAAAACGAUAUUUUUAUAUAUUUGAAAAUGACUUUUACGUAGGUUCCUUUUGGACCAUAAAAAAUAACUAUUCAUAAGAGAAAUUCAUAUUAAUAUUUAGAAUUUUUAUAGUAUUUAAAUUUCUCGUAAGUUAAUUGUUUUGUUGAUAAUUAGGCAAUUGUAUAAUGGUUAAGUUCAUAUUUUUGUAAUCUUGCAAGACUAAAAUUUCACCGUACUUUUCACGCAAUAAUUUUUAGGAGUUAAAAACUAAUAAUUAGUUGUACUGUUUAUAAUAAGAUUUUUAUCCUUGAUUUUAAAGUAUUAAAAAAAUUAGGCUUUAUGGACUUUUUUAAAUCGUAUAAGUAAAAUGAAGUUAAUUUGAAUUUUAUAUUCGCCAUGAAUAUAUAAUGACAAUCAUCACAAGAUCAUCCGAAGACUAGUUGGGCACACUCGUCCACUUAUUCCUACCUUGAGCUAACCUUACUGAAAUAUCCCACACCUGUAAUUGCUAACAGCACCCUAGUUUAGGUUUCUUGUGUCUAUAUACUCCUGUUGUUGCUUAUUAUGUCUCUAAAUAACCCUUUAUGUCUCAGGUGUCCUACCAUCCUAUCACUUAUAUUCUUUAUUCCAUAGCACUCUUUAUUCUCUUACCCUUUCUACUACCUCCUCAUUUCUAACCCUCUUUAUCCGCUGUAUUAUCAUUUCGCACCCGUACAGAGCUAUACGGCAAUCACACUUAUUCUU